GAUAUUACCUAUCCCACGCAUCAUCAUUACCUGCAUACAUAGUAUUGCAUUCUGGGAUACUGCGGUCGGCAGUUAAGUUGCCGUUCAACUUUCACACUCGCUUUCCCAUUACAUAUACGCCCAUUUUGGGACACAGGGUUCCCUCUCUUUGUUUCUAAGUGCUUGCUUGCUUCUCACUGUGCACUGCUACCGACGCUGCCCAACAAUGAGGGGCUUCAUCUUUGCCACAGCCUUCACCGGCGUAGCCUCCAUGGCUAUAGCUCCGUCUAUGAGUUCUGAGAAACUCGACAUCGACACGCGAGAGCCAGGUCUUCCCCCGACCGUCGACGCUUCGGCCACUAGGUCGGCCUGGGUAUCUUCCUAUUCCUAUGGCAAAAAGAAGUUCGAAUGGGAGCACCCGAAUCACUGGCUUCCCUCGGGGCCCGGAUACCUCGACCUUGACUCCCUUGAGAAAGGAUACCGCGCACACCUUAUGGCCAUGGAUAGUUCAGCUUCUUGGCUACACACGAGCGUGGUUGGGGUCAAGCGCUUCUUUGGCAUGUGAGAUACAUGUAGCGCAUGGAAGUCUGAGGAGCCAAUGAGUUACCCGUGUUGCACUUUCAUUUUUUGGUGUUCAUGUGUCUACUCGAGUAACAUUUGCGGUAUUUGCGCACAGCUAUCCAUUCCUUUUCAAAGCUUCAGACAUGUCUCUCAGAAAUACCUACCUAGCUAGCGAGGUGGUUCAUAAAGUAAUUCGCAUUCACUGAAUGCAGAAUUGAGUCCUGUCUCUCGUGCUUAGAUGCAAACAACACUGAAGAAAACUGCGUACCUAAUCAAUCUACACAAAAAUAUUCUAUUGACUUCC